CGUUGCCCAUGACACCAGAGCAAAGUUGUGACAGCUGAUUUCCCCCAAAACUCAGCUUUCAACCCCUGAAACCCCGAAAAAAAUCAUCUUUUUUAUACAGUACUCACAGUCGGUGUGUGCCUCAGCUCGUCUCCGGCUGGACUUGCAGACGUCGCCUUGAACAGAGGAGAGCAGCUGAUUAUGGUGUAGCAAGGAGCGCUAGCAGGCAUUUGAGCAGCAGCGCAGUGCAGCGUGGGGCAGACCGAGGCAGAUCACAGCAGCGUAGCCAUGCUUACACUGGCCAGGAAGCUGAAGAGGGACGAUGGAGGAAAGACGGGCCGUGCCUCCGGAGCCACCGACUCCACCCACAGGGUCUCCAUAAGGGACCGCCUCCUUACCAAAGAAGUUGCAGAACUUGAAACCAAUCUCCCUAGUACGUGCAAAGCCAAUUUCCCAGAUGAGGACAAGCUGCAUCAUUUUCAGUUGGCAGUGUCUCCUGAUGAGGGUUACUACCAAAGUGGAAGGUUUCAGUUUGAAAUAGACGUCCCAGAAGCCUAUAACAUGGUGCCUCCUAAAGUGAGAUGUCUGACCAGAAUAUGGCAUCCUAACAUAACAGAGAAUGGAGAGAUCUGCUUGAGCUUAUUGCGGGAACACUCUAUUGAUGGCACAGGAUGGGCCCCCACUAGAACAUUAAAGGACGUGGUCUGGGGAUUGAACUCCUUGUUUACUGACCUGUUGAACUUUGAUGACCCAUUGAACAUCGAUGCAGCAGAACAUCAUCUGAGAGACAAGGAGGAUUUUCGGAAUAAAGUUCAAGAUUACAUCAAGCACUACGCCAGAUGAUAGAAGCACCGGCUACUUACAUCAGCUUGCACCAACCAACCAAACUGCUCUACCUGGCCUCUGCUUAUCUUGGCCAACUCCUCCCCCCCCACACACACCCAACCCCCCCCCGAUGUGGGUGAAUCAGCAGCUGACUCUUUGAAUCAUACUACUCUCUUCCUCUGAUACCACUUCCCCAUCAAUGCUGCCCCCCCAUCCCUCUGUUCCCCCCAGUUGCAAUAAACUAUACAUUGCAGGAACAAAAUAAAAAAAAGAAAAAAAGAAAAAAAAUUACGUGUUUGAAGAAGGACUUAACUCUACAAAAGAAAAUGCGCUUUAAUUAUCCUAUUUGAUUGAGUGUUACAAGGACAAGAGUUCAUUGUGGAGAGAUCACUGAAUGACGCCGCCUCGCUAAGGUGUCCCUGAGCCUGUCAGAAAGCACGAACGGGCAAGGGAUGUGAUGAUUCACCGGCGUAAAAAAAAUAAAUAAAAGAAAGUCACAUUUAGCUGUUUUAAAAUUUGACAAAUUAAGAGAAAGAAUAUGUUACUAUCAGUUCUCUGUUCCAGUGCCUGCCAUGUAUGUGUUGCUAAAGAGAAAAUGCAUGAGAGUUCACAUACAUACAGACGCAGUGUCCCAUCCUGUGGUAUAAGAUGAACGCAUAUACACAUUGUUGUCUAUUACUCACACACACACACACACACACAUACACACACACACACUCACAUUGGAAGUCCUGCAGCCCCGAGCCCCACUAGACAGCAUGUGAAUGACCAGUAUCAUAUCGUCCCAUUCUGUUGUCACUGUCCUUGCAUGUUCACACACCAACACACACACACACACACACACACACACACACACACACGUACGCACGCUCAUGCAACUCUCAUACAGACCUUCUGUGUGUUUUCUCAGCUUAAUUGGGAUAAAGUACGACUACUUUACCACGGCCAAAUGUAUUGAACUGUGUAGCGCUUGUUCUCCCACUUCUUUUUUUUCAUUUGCCCUCCAUCUGUCUCUUCUUUUUCGCACACACACACACACAGUCACAUGUACCUUUUUCCAUGGAGGAUGGAGAUGUUUAUUAGUACUGAUAUUAUACUGCAAUCAGAAAGUAUUAAGAUAGCGACAGUGAACUUUGGUUGUGUUGGCUCUGAGAAAUUGACUGUCAAUGAGUAAGGGGCUGACUCAGCUUUAUUUUGUGGGUGUUUGCAUCCACUUAAGAUUUAACAGUGUACAAAUGGUUGAGCUUUUUUUAUUGCAGUAUCACAGUUGGAUUGAGGUCAAUUUACUGAACAGUCCGGUUUGGCCAUAACAGAGUUUUUAUGUUCAGUAUAUUUGUCCAAAAAUCAGAGGACUGUGCACAGGAGGACCUACGAGUCCUACACUGUUCACCGAAUAUGGACGAGUAUCGAUUUAAAAUGCCCAGAAAGCUGAAAGUCAGCACCUAGAUCAUUUACUCUCGAUAUUGUCGGAGCACAGAGCCAAAACAACAGAAGACAUUUUACUGUCCUAAUAUUUGACGGCUGCACUGAAGGUAACGCUGUCAUGCUGGUUGCUGUGGGAGAUUUCGUAAGCUAUGCUUUAGAGCUUAUCUUUCUAGAGAAACGGUACUCCUGAAGUCUCUCUCUCACUUUGUGUGUAUAUGUAUGUUGUUGUUUUUUUCAUUGUCUGGGUGUGUGUGUGUGUGUGUGUGGAAAGAUCAGUGGCAGAUGUUCUGAUUUAAUCUCCAGAGCCGUUGCGCAUUGUCUUUUUCUGCUUUUGACGAUUCAGAACGAAUGGAGGCUCUUACCUUUACGCUGCAAGUUACAUAUCAAGCUAAACAGCUAGUGAGCAAGCAAGCUAGCUAGUUAGUGAGUUUUCUAGUUAGCUAGCAGGAUAUCAAGUGUUUAGUUUUCUGCCAGCCAGUGUGAGAGACACUUUUUUUUCACCAUGUAUGUAUAGUUAAUAUAACAUGAAAGGUUAACCAAUAACACACCCUCAAAAUUGUAGUGUUGCCAGGUCGCCAUCAAAAAGUGUCUUUUCAUGACAUUUGAAGACAGUCAGAUGACUCGAAGUUCACUUGGUAGCCUGUUGGCGUUCUUACAAGUGAAUUAGCUCAUUCGCUACAAUAUUAGCUCACUCACUAGCUGGUUAGCGUGAUAGUAAAAGAUUUACUAUGCAGGAUUUUACUGAAAAACAAUGUAUGGAUUCACUAGAAGUGUGUGGCAGUGUAUUUAUCAGCAGAGACUUUCCUCUCUGCCUGUAUUUUCUUAUAUUAAAAUGAUUUUGCUGUGUUUGGGAUGCUUCUGGGCUGCAACAUUUGAGCAGUGGGUGUGUAGCCCCCACCCUAUAACAGUUUGCAGGUUAUGAGCGACCAGGUUACAUCGCUUGUGCUUUUAUUUAUUUCCUCUGCUUCUCCGUCUCCGUCCUUGUCUGUGUGCUGCUCCUCUGCUGUCGGAGCACACGUGCAGAGCAUAGAGUGGGUGCCUUUAUUUUUGCUUACAACGUAACCGCGGUGAAACAAUCAGUAAAUGACCCUGUUCUUACUCUGAUUCACGGCUUUGUUCUCGCCAACACUGCUCGCUCUCUUCAUUCACUCUUUGGUUCUUGACCACUGCUCUCUCUGUUUUGAUUUCUAAUUAGGCAGAGGAGCAGGGAGCAACUUUGAAUGCUGUGUGUUAACAAAAUAAAAAAUUUUUUAAAAAAAAUGAACCAGCAAAUCCUGCAUAGUAUACCUUUAAUUUGUGAAGGUGGCGCUGUUCCAUUGCUAAAUUGAGUAAUGCUCCAGACUACACGACUCUGGGGAUUCAGAGCAAACCAGAUAAGGUCAAACUUUUUGAACCUCUGCCAUUGUGGAAUAUGGCCAAUAGAAGCAUGUCCAUGCGUGUGUGUGUGUGUGUGUCUCAGAGACAGGAAGAGAGACUGUAUCACUGGCUCAUCCAGUGAUACAGUCUUGUGUGCACAUGUUUGUGUGUGUGUGUGUGUGUGUGUGUGUGUGUGUGUGUGUGUGUGUGUGUGUGUGUGUGUGUGUGUGUGUGUGUGUGUGUGUGUGUGUGUGUGUGUGUGCGCUAUAGCUAGCGUUGUGCCUCCGGUUUGAGUCGUUAUCUCUGAGCAUCAAAACUGGACUUCUCACUCCAUUCUGCUUUGUGUUCACAUGUCUGCAUGAGGCGAAGUCAAUGUGAUCUGCCAGCAGUGCAUUUUACUAAGGAUGUCAGAAAUGUAAUCGUUGAAGAUUAACCUUUUUAUGUUUGAGAUUUGUGUAUGCGUGUGCGUGUGAGUGUGAGUGUGUCUGUGUGUGUGAGUGUAAAGACUGAAAAUCAGUGCUUGUGGAGCGUGUGUGUGUGUGUGUGUGUGUGUGUGAGUGUGUAGGCAGUUACAGUAUGAUGUGUUGAAACAAUGUGACUUGUUAGCAUGCUCUGGCUCCCUCCUGCUCCUUUUUUUUUUUUUUUGUUCUUUUUGUUAUUCCGGCCCAGAGCUCAAACAGCUCAAAUUAUUAUUGUUUUCUGAAUGAUAGCAAACAGACGACAACAGACGACACUGGCCUCUGCCAAAGUAAAGAAGCUGACAAUACGACCAAGCAGAUGGGACUGUGGGCUUUUCCCCAGCAUGGUUUCGGUCCAGUCAAACCUCAAAGGCUAAAAGUAACUGCCUGUUAAAAUAAAGCCAUCAUGAGUAAUCACCUAGCAGUUUUUUUUAUGGUAGUAUUUGCCUCCAAGGAUAUGGUAGCCCAAUACUUGCAGUAAUCUUAGCCUUACUAAUUCUCUGAUGUUAGCUUGCAUGCCCUUCAUUUUGGCAGUGAGCAGUGUUUUUUUUGUUUGUUUGUUUGUUUUUUGUUUGUUUUUUUGUCUCUGCUUGGGCUAGCUCCUCAUCUUUGGGCCAGGACAGAAGAUUGAAAACCUGUUCUUCUUCAAAACCUCAACCGUUUCUUUCUCAGAUUGUAUAUCCAUUUUUUAAGAUAUAUUAAAGAGAAUAUAAA